AUGGCGUAUAAAGGGCAGAAGGUGCAGAAAGUGAUGGUUCAACCAAUCAACUUGAUUUUCAGAUAUCUUCAGAAUAGGUCAAGAGUUCAGAUCUGGCUGUACGACCAAUCAAAUCUCAGGAUUGAAGGACAUAUCAUUGGAUUUGACGAGUACAUGAAUGUAGUACUAGAUGAUGCUGAGGAGUACCACAAGAAAAAUAAGACGAGGAAACCAUUAGGACGGAUAUUGCUGAAAGGAGACAACAUCACGCUGAUUCAGAACGUCCAAGAAGCCGCCGGGGCUGCAGAGCCGGCUCAUUAG